AUGCAGUGCGUGUCCCAACAUAAUAUCAGAAACCUUUGGUGUGAGGCUCAUUGUAAACUUGUACAGCCAUAUGCAGGAGCUAAAGAGCAGGUGCAUGUUGCUGCUGUGGAUGCCAUACGUUGCAUUAUGGGCUCUGGUGGAGACUCAUCUAAAGAAGGCACCACAGGAAAUGUAGAAGAGGAAGAAGAGGACUUUGAGUCAUUGUCAGGCUCUGUUUCAACUGCUGUGGGAGGAGUGAGUGCAAGUGGGGGAGCGGGCACAGAGGCCCCAGGUGCUACAGUUACCACUGACUUCGUAAAUGGCAAUAAUCCAAGUGAGAAAGGAAAUGUGGAGAAUCAGGAAGAGGCUGACCAGGAAUCUUUGGAAAAUUCAGAAGAGAGGGAGCAAAACAUUUUAUUAGAUACCAUCUGCAAAACAGUUCGAUGGUUGGCUGCAAAGCUUGGACCAACAGUGACUUCACGCUAUGUAGCUCGGAAUCUACUGCGGCUGCUUACCAACUGCUACAUUGGGUCUAAAAACCACCAAUUUGUAAUGCCACCACAUGUGGAAUACAGAACAGAGAGCGUUGCAAUGGGCAGUGUGUACGAGAGGAAACCUGUAGUAGGCGACCAGACGGCAGGACCAGUCCUGGAUUGUCUUAUCUACAUUGCACAACUAUAUGGAGAGCCUGUGCUCACUUAUCAGUACUUGCCUUAUAUAGGAUAUCUGGUAUCUCCUCCGUCUUCGCAGCGUCUAAACACACGCAAGGAAGCCAGUUUGCUUGGUGCUGUUGCACUUACACAGAAAAUCAUUGUGUUUCUAUCUGAUACAACUUUAAUGGAUAUGCUGAUGAAAAUUAACCAAGAUGUUCUCCUGCCACUGCUGGACUUGCUGACAACUCCAAAAAUGGGAUUUCCCAGUGGGGUGCAGGCUCGUACUGCUGUGUGUCUCAAAACACUCAGCCUAAUGGCUCUCAUUUGUCUUCGCAUUGGGAGAGAGAUGGUCCAACAACACAUGGCUGACACACUGCAGAGGUUUUUUGCAGUUUUCUCACUGCUACAUUUGUUAAAGCCCCAGCUGGACAGUGCUCCUCAGAGAAUGGUUGGAGAGAUGGCUGUUGUAGAUGUUUGCAUCUCUGAACAAUCAGUCACAUAUGAACUGGGGGUAUUGGAGGAGCUGCAGACGGUGUUCAAUGCACAAAUGGCCCAUGCAUCCUAUAUACCGUUCUACUGCCUCAUAGGUGACACCGCCAUUCGAAAGCUAGUUCCCAACCAUGAUCUGGUGUGGCAGUUGUCUCAGUCUUACACUCCUCGACAAGACAUCUCUAAUAUGACUUCCUCCAGAGUGGAGCCAGUUAUUCUGUCAUCUAGUUUUGGCAGACAAUUAUCAUCCAGUCCAUUCCCAUGUUCUUCGACUAAUUUCCAUUCCCCAGAAUCUGAGUCAGGCACUUUUGGCAGCCAACUCAUUGGUAGUAAAGACAAGACCGUGAAGUUGUGGCCUCUCUAUAACCAUGGAGACGGCACACAAGAAGUGGAACCCAGACUGACUUACUCCGAACAUCGGAAGUCUGUGUUUUAUGUUGGGCAGCUGGACUGUUCUCAGGAGGUAGUGAGCUGUGAUGGGACGAUACACCUUUGGGAUCAAUUCACAGGAAAACUCAUUCGUUCUUAUGAAGCUGUGGAUGGUAAAAACCCAAUUACAUCUGUCACAACUAUGCCAGCACCUCAUUCCAGUGUGGUGCUGGGCAGUGCAGAUUCCAUCCUACGUUUUAUUGAUCCUCGCAAACCAGGGCUACAGCAUGAGUUCCGUUUGGCUUACAAUAAUGUGAGUGCCGGUCUCGUUCGCUACCUGGCUGUUAGUCCAACGGGGCGCACUGUGGCAGCAGGUUUCUCAUCUGGAUUCAUUGUUCUGCUUGAUGCACGCACUGGACUAGUUCUGAAGGGCUGGCCUGCUCACGAAGGCGAUAUUCUUCAAAUGAAGGCAGCAGAAGGUAACCUUAUCAUCAGCUCAUCCACAGACUACACCCUCACUGUAUGGAAGGAUUUGGAAAACAAGCCACUUCGACAGUACAAGUCGCAGUCAGAUCACGUCCAUGCAUUUGACAUUUAUGGAUCCGAAAUUGUUACAGGAACUGUCUCAAAUAAAAUAGGAUUUGUCCCAUACAUACGCAGUGGGUCCUUUUUUUGGAUACAACUGUGGAUAUUUUUGAAUUUUUUUCUCAAGGACAACAUUCGUAUGGACAUGGACCCUCAUCUGACACUCCUGUUUUUCUUCAUCUGCAGCAUAGGAGCAAUUAGUGCAGAGGUGUUUGAACAUGGAUCAAUCUCCACUGUGGCUCCCGUGAUACCAAGUCAAAGCAUCGAGGUGGUCGAAAGAGAAAAUGAAAAUUCCGUAACUGCUGAAGUGCCCUCGAUUACAACUGAACUAAAUGGGCCCAGUGAAAACAUGACUGAGGAAAUGGACGAAGAUGGAUGUUUGUCAAAAAGUCCUGCCUCUCGGAAAAGGAUUGCAGAUGCCAUUGAGAAACUGGGCAUGAAGCUUCUACAGAACUUGGAGACAACACCAGAUCAACCAAAUAUAAUAAUAUCACCUCUAAGCAUUGCACUUGGACUUUCUCAGCUGGCCCUAGGAGCGGUCAAUGAGACGGAGGAACUACUGAUGCAUCACCUCCACAACCAAUCGCUCCCCUGCUACCACCAGUCCCUUCGUCAUGUGUUGGCACAGCUCCGGAAUAUUGACCUACAGCUGGCCACACGCAUCUUCCUACGCAAAGGAUUCGAGCCAAAGCAAGCAUUUAUGGACAAGUCCCAGCAUUUCUAUGGCUCAGAUGCAGCAGUUGUGGAGAGUCUUGAGCAAAUAAAUGAGUGGGUUGACAAAGCCACAAAUGGAAAGAUGAACAACUUUCUCACAGCUUUACCUCCAAACAUGCUUCUUAUGCUAAUCAACGCAAUCCACUUUAAAGGAAAAUGGCAAGCACAGUUCGACCCACAUUUCACUUCCAGGGGUGUCUUCUAUUUGGAUGAAAAUAGCAUGGUUGAUGUUGAAGUUAUGGAAGCUGCCAAACACCCCUUGAGUCUAUAUAUUGAUAAUGAACUUGAGGCACAGGUAGCAAGAUUCCCAUUCCAAAACUCCAUGAGCUUACUUGUGGUAAUGCCUGUGUCUGGUCAUAUCAACAUUUCUGCUCUUACUUCGAAAAUAAACCUCUCCAACAUCUACGAACGCCUACCACGGGAGAAAGCUAUACAAGUGAAGAUCCCCAAAUUCAAACUGGAAUACAGCCAGGAACUCCAGGAUGUCUUCAUAAAACUUGGAUUAGGAGAUGUGUUUAGAAAUCCCAACCUGGCUAAUAUAUCUGAUGGCCCCCUGCUAGUGUCCAGCGUUCUGCACAAGUCCAUUAUAGAAAUAAACGAGGAAGGGGCAGAGGCAGCCGCUGCAACAACUGUGGUCAUCUCACGGGCAUCCAACCCAGUCUUCCACCUGACCCAGCCUUUUUUCAUUGCCCUUGUGAACGAUGCGCAUCAACUUCCAGUCUUCAUGGGUGUGAUCAAUAACCCCAGUCCCGGAGCUCCAAUCAUCCAGAGAGCAGAUCCUGGAGACAAGUUGGGAUAUCCAGUUGACAAGAAUGACCUGGAGGCACCAAUAGCUGAUCUCAGUUCAGAUUCACAACAGCGGGAGGAGGACAAGUCUUUCCUGACUGACUCCAGAUCAGUGGGCGGAGCCGGAUACAGGAAGCUGCUUGGCGGGGUAGUCAAAGAUGAGAGCAGGGUUGGCGCCAGUCGCACUGAACACUGA